ACGUACCAGCCGAACGUCAACAACAGUGAAUUAUGUAAAAAGUGCACUUGCUACCCAAAAAUAACUCUCGCGUUGCAAUCGAUGUAGAAUUUAGGCAUUGGCUUAGUUUCAAUGAUUAUUCGCAAGAGCAAAACGCUGAAAGAGCUUUUGGAUCGAUGGCCAGGUAAGCGAACGCUGGGCAUCUAUCGGUUCCUGCCCAUCUUCUUCGGACUCGGAGCGGCGUUGGAGUUUUCCAUGAUCCACUGGCGUGUAGGGGAGACCAACUUUUAUAAUACGUUCAAAAAGCGACAGGCAAAGGAAAUUGUGGAGGAAAAGUUGCGCCUCCAUCAGCUGGAACCAAUUCCGCGCGGCUAAGCCACUGUGCACCACAUUGUGAAAUUAA